CAUUCAGCGGACGGUUAUGCAUAUGCACCACUAUUGGAAGGAAUCUCUUAAGAGCGCGGGAAAUAGAUGCAUGGCGAAAUCGUAACGUUUCAACUGUUUCAAAUACAGCAAUAAUAUAAGUACUCAUUUGAGGAAGAUUGGAGAAAUAUCGUGCCUCAUAGUAAGAACAUCCCCAAGGAAAAGGAGAUUAGUAAAUAACGUUACGAAAAAAAUCUUACAUCGAAGGAGAAUUAUUUGUGGUACGAUAUAACGAGACUUAGCAAAAGUCAUGGAUAUUAAACAUAUCGCGACACGUAUGUCAUCUGAUGCUUACUUCUACGCAACCGUAUGUCACGUUUGCAAAAAGUUUGGAGACGGCGUUUCGUUGAAGAGGUGCGGCGGAUGCAGAAUGAUAGCGUACUGCGAUCGAGAGCAUCAGAAACAGCACUGGCCUCAACACAAAUCUUUCUGCAAAGCCAUACAGGACCUGCUGCAAGGCCGCAGCAUAGAAGAUCCUGGUAUCAUUCCAAAGGAGCCUGACGACAUAGUGAAGCUCAUGUUUCUUAUGACAAUGAAGCUGGAACGUUAUUUGGAGAAAUUUGAAGAGGACAUGAUCUUAUAUUCAAGAAAAUGUGCAGUAUGCCACGAACGAAAUGGACGGUUGUUGGAGGAUUGUCAGAACUGUUUCUCUGCCAGUUUCUGUAAGGAUCACAAGGACAGCAUUGAGCAUAAGGAUGUUUGUGAUGCCUUGAAAUUGACCUUUCAAUUUUAUAUAUCAGAGUGGUAUGUGGACUUGAACUAUAUGGAACAUAUUCCUGACACGAAUACAUUUCAGAAUAUGAAUGAUUUUGUAAACGCUUUAUUUUCACUUUAUGAACACACCAGUAAUAUACAGUUCACUUCCAUAACAACAGUGCCAUACAAUCUUCUUACAGUUUCACAUUCACGAUGGUUAACAAAUUCUCUAUCGUUGUUCCAUGCCAUGCAAAUAUUAGAUUAUAUCCCAAAACGUAAAGAUUUAACCAUUCAUGUUAUAAUUGCGGAUGAGACAGAUGAAAUUAUUAUAGAGGCAUGGGAAAUCCUGCUGCAUUUACUACAGCCUGUGAUAUCAUUGAAGAUUGUAAUAAUAGGGCUGGAAUUACUAUCUGAUUUCAAUCUAAUUCAGUUACUUGUUUGUAAGAACUGUAUAUCAGGAAAGAAGAAAGUUUCAGUGGAGUUUCACAAAAUGUUGUAUGAGAAGUAUGCAUGCAGCCCAUUGUUCGUAAAGCCAGACUUAAUUGUAGCAUUUAAUAUAGACAUUAAAGGAAUUGAAUUUAAAAGAGUACCAUUUGUACGGAUGCUAGUAAAACAAAACUGUCCAAUCGUCUUAUUAGGGUCAGUCUCUAUGGAGACUUUAGAGCUGAAAAUAAAUGGAUUAAAUACCAUUCUAAAUAAAAAAGUAGAUUAUGUUUAUAAAGGAAAAAAUCCAUUCGCUAGUUUAUUGCCAGCUAGAAGAUGUAUGCCUAAACUUGGAGUGUUUUACAGGAAUUGUUAUUUAAUUAUCUACAGAAGCCUUUGUAACUGAAAUGUGUAAUUUAAUUAACCAAAGAUUGAAAAAAAUUGUUUGAAGAAAAUAUCAAAAA